AUGAGUGAGCAAGAACUGGACGGUGCUUCUUGCAUGUCCAGUGACAAAGGGUACUUACUACACAAGCUGUGUCUUGGAUCUUGACCAGCAGCUAAACUCACUCUGGUUUAGGCAAACGAAGAGAUGAAGACGAGAUCGUCAUCAUCGGCUGCCCUGGUUCCUUUUGUCAAGUCUCCGGUGGUUCACGGUCGCGAAGCCCUGCUGCAGAUCGUGGACCCCACUUCUUCUUGCCGAAAACUUUUGCCGGGGUGGACCAUUGUGAAACGGUCGCGAUCGUCAUCUACUAGCCGCAAAGGCAGUGUCGAUACUUACUUUGUCGAGCCAGGAACUGGUAGAGAGUUUCCGUCUCUAGAAUCUGUUCAAAGACACUUGGUUGGAGAAGUACAUGACAGACGCUUGACUCGAACAGGACACUCCUUCAGUGAAAGGACAAGGGUUUAUGAAAAAUCCAUUACCACACAGGAUCAUCGCAGGAUAGAAUAUGCCUCCAAGGGUUUCCGUUUGCCUAAAGGAUGGACCGUUGAGGAGUUUCCUAGGUUAAACUCUUAUCAAAUUGAUAAGUGUUAUAUUGAGCGAAAAACAGGAAACCGGUUCCGUUCCCUUGUUUCCGUUGAGAGAUACUUGAAAGAUCCCGGGAAGCUUGCAGAUAAGCAGCCUAUGCGUAUAGAGUACGGCCGUUCCAGAGAUUUCAGUUUACCUAAUGGAUGGAUCGUUGAGGGGAAACCGCGGAGUAAUUCCAGUCAAAUUGACAAGACUUACAUUGAGCCAGGAACGGGGAAUAAAUUUCGUUCUCUGGCUGCUGUUGAGAGAUACUUAAACGGUGCAAAUGACUCGGUUAAUUCCAUGGUGCCUUCCGGGCGGCUUUCGGCAGUUGUUAUUGACGAAAAGCCACCGGAGAAAGUUAAUUGGGUACUGAACGGUCCAGGUGGAAACAUGUUUAGUGCGCAUGUGAGCGGCUCGGUCGUGCCUAGCUCUGUCAAUGUUGACUUAAGCUUGAAGUUAACUUGAGAUAGAAGUUAUCCUAAUGAGAUUAGGAUUAGAAGGAUUGAUGUUUAUCCAAAGAUAUAUUACCUAAUGAGUUUAGGAACUUGUAAUAGCUAUAUAAGGAGAUGCUAAGUUUGUAGCAUAACUUAUGAGUUUGAGUUUGAGUCUUGAGAGCUAUCAAUAAAGUGAGUACUUUUGAGA